AUGGCGACCAAACUCCAGAGAUCUAGAAAUGACUACACCGUCGGUUGGAUUUGCGCUAUUCCUAUAGAAAUAGAGGCUGCGCGUAAAAUUCUAGACAUAGUUCAUCCCAAACUGAAGGUUCCCCCCGACGACGAAAAUUGCUACGAAUUUGGCGAAAUCAAUGGUCACAAUGUGGUCAUUUCAUGGCUUCCCCGAACCAAAUAUGGAACAACGAACGCCGCUCUCGUUGCUAAUUGCAUGCGCAAGACCUUUAAAAGACUAAGAUUUGGUUUGAUGAUUGGAGUCGGCGGAGGUGCCCCGAGUCCGUUCAAUGAUAUCCGCCUCGGUGAUAUAGUGGUUAGCCAACCGACGGAUCGCUCUGGCGGAGUGAUCCAGUACGACUUUGGCAAAGCGAUGGAAAAGGGUGAAUUCAAAAUGAUAGGGUCUUUGAAUGCGCCUCCACGUAUCCUAUUAAGUGGUGUGGCCGCCAUGGCCGCCAUAGACCCAAUAAAGCUAGGUAGAAGGAUUUUUGAUGUAGCUUGGGACAUUGAAAAGGAAGACGAGGAAAGAGGCGGAAGGUUUUCCUAUCCUGGUGAAGAUACUGACAAGCUAUUUCGCGGAAACUACCUUCACGUUCCCGGCGAGGGGCGAUGGGUGGAUACGUGUAACGCAUGCGCAUGCGAUACAUCUAACAUUGUUACGCGCUCAAAAAGACAAUCCAGUCACCCGCAAAUCCACUACGGUGUCAUAGUUUCGGGAAACCAAGUUAUGAAAGAUGGAGUUAAGAGAGAUCAAAUCAGUACUGAGACGGGGGCUCUUUGUUUUGAAAUGGAAGCAGCAGGUCUGAUGGAUAACUUCCCUUGUCUUGUGGUUCGAGGAAUAUGCGAUUAUUCCGAUGGUCAUAAAAACAAACGCUGGCAGCCGUAUGCUGCGUUAGUCGCGGCUGUUUACGCGAAGGAGUUAUUAUCACAGAUACCGGCAGCGGGCGAGGACGAAACUGAAAUUCACGCCGGCCGAAGGAUCAUCGAUGAGGUGAAUUUUGCUCUUCCGCUACGGAUGCCUUUCCCACGGAACCAUACUUUCGUCGGGAGGAAGGAAAAGCUCACAGAAAUUCAUGAAUAUUUCAGAAGAGCAGAAUUUUCGAACACACCGCGCAUUUUUGCACUUGUCGGCAUCGGCGGAAUGGGGAAAACACAAAUCGCUAUUGAAUAUGCUUACCGACAUCAUGGAAGUUAUUAUACGGCUGUUUUGUGGGUGUCUGCAGCAAAUGAAGAAACCAUACGAACUUCGUUUAUUAAUAUCAUGGAGCACAUCAUCGAAGAACAGGCAAGAAUAACAUGGCCAGAACCCACUCCUGAUUAUGAAAUGAUAAGUCGAAAGCUUGGUAUAGCGGGCUUGGUCAAUAGCAGGGGUGAGAUUAUCGUUGAUUCGGAAAUCAUCAUCAAUGACAUUCAGAAAGCCUUGUUUCGCUGGCUUCAGCUCCCUAAAAACAGCAAAUGGUUGUUAAUCAUUGAUAAUGCGGAUGAUCUGGAGAAUGUCGAUAUACAAAAAUAUAUUCCAAAUCAUGGUAGCGGAGAUAUCUUUGUCACCAGUCGGAGACCGGAGUUCUCACAUGUGGCCGAGCAAGCGAAUUUGGAACAGCUAGACAAGGAUAGCGCAAUUACUCUUUUAUCGAGCUUGGCUCACAUAACUGUUCCUCAAAAAGAUGUUGAGCAUGAGUUAGACGCGGUCGUCACAAAGUUGGGUUUCAUGCCCCUCGCAAUUAGCCAUGCGGGAUACUUUAUGCAACAAACGAAAGUUUCACCCAAAGAGUAUCUGUUGCAUUAUGAAGAAGCUUUCAUGGAUGCACAAGCGAGGGUACCGAGAUUUGGGUGGAAUUAUCGUAGAGACAAAGCUUCGACGACCUGGGAAAUGUCUUUUUCACAAGUUGAGAAAGAGAAUACGGAAGCGGCAUUCUUAUUGCUCAUUUGCUCGUAUCUCAACUAUCAGGAGAUUUCUAAAGAUUUAUGGGACACCGAACGGUUCAGCAGAGUCGAGUUUAGGGAAAUGAUUGGACUUCUUACUUCAUAUUCGUUAGUGAGGGUAGUCGGCACUGGAAUUUUCUCUGUUCAUCCGGUCGUACACUCAUGGGCGCGAGAACGUCUAGCGCAAUCGGAAAGGUUCGCGGUCUUGAAAGAUGUUCUAAUACUUCUCGGAAAUGCUAGUAGGAGGAAUCAGAUUUCACGAGCCGGUAGUAAUUGGGACCCACGCGAAGAAAGAAUAAUUCUAGCUCAUCUCGGAUAUCUUGAUCAACACUUCGACCCUAGCGCCUCGGAAAGUUUCUUUCAUCAAGAAGAGAUCAAACCCGGCGCCGAAACUACAGCAGAAAACCAAAAUCUGGUUAUUGCAUUCUACAACAUUGCAUUGGUCUAUAGAAACGGCGGGAAGUACGAUAAGGCUAUACAAUGGUAUGAGCAAGUGCUUCCUAGGUAUGAAAAGGCUUUCGGAAAAGAUCAUAUAUCAACACUUCAAGUUAUUACCGACAUCGCCGCGGUAUAUCAUAGUCAAGGCGAUUAUGAUACGGCUUUACAUUAUUAUAAGCAAGCAUUCUUUAGUUGUAAGAAAACUUUCGGAAAAAAUCAUUUGGUCACACUUUGCGCUAUGGGCAAUAUUUCGUCACUUUAUAUUGAUCAGCACAGAUACAAUAAAGCCGGGAAAUAUUACCAGCGGUUACUCGUCGGUUGUCGGAGACAUAACCUCAGCGAAAACGAUUCUUUAAUAUUGAUGGCUAUUAGCGGCAUUGCAAUGGUUUAUGGUAAGUUAGGCGAGUAUGAUGAAGCUUUACGAUGGUACGAGCGAGCGAUCGCUAUUUCAGAGAAAAUUUUUGGAAAGGACCACCCGUCAACGCUUCACACUGUUAGUAAAUUGGCAUCAAUUUAUUACAAACAAAAAAUAUACAAUGUAGCUAUGCAGUUGUAUAAGCAAGUGCUUGAUGGUAGGGAGAAAGUUUUGGGAGAAGACCAUCCGUUAACUCUUGAGGCCAUUAACAGCUUGGCAUUAGUCUAUCAAGGUCAGGAAUCAUACGAUAUGGCUAUCCAAUUGUUCAAGCAAGUUCUUACUAGUGGCGAGAAAUGCUUGGGGGAAGAUCACCCGUUAACACUUGCUGCCAUUUGCAAUAUUUCAUCGACUUAUGCUCAAAGAAACAGAGACGAAGAGGCUAUUCAGUGGGCUAGACGAGCACUUACGAGUCACGAGAAAGUUUUCGGCACGCAUCACCCACAAACAGUCGCUUUGACCAACAAUAUAGCGUCUCUCUACCGUCGACAGGGCAAAUUCAAGAAGGCCUUGCUGUGGUGCAAGCGCGCGCUUAUCGGCAAGGGAAAGACAUUAGGCGGACCAAAGCUCUCUGGUCAAGAUUAUUUACAAAUGUUCGACUUGGUUCACUCCAUCGCAUCGAUAUAUCUUCGCCUAGGUCAAUCCAACGAGGCCAUAAAAUGGUACAAGCGUGCACUCAUCAGCAAGGCGAAAGCUUUAGCCAAUAGAACGGUUUCAGGUGAAGAUUACCAAUUAACUCUCGAUAGCAUCCACUACAUGGUGGCGCAAAUUGCAUCAAUCUAUAAACACCACGGCAAGUACGAUAAGGCUAUUCAAUGGUACAAGCGAGAACUCUUCAGCAGGAGAAGAAUCUUUGGCAGAAUUCACCCGUCAACAGUUAACGCAAUUAGAGACAUAGCAUCUCUCUAUAAGAAAAAAGGCAUGCGCAAUAAGGCAAUGAGGUGGUACAAGCGCUGCAAACGGUUGGCCACGGUCGAGGGUAGGGGCUUUGGGCGAACAUUACCCUCCAACCUCGUUGAAAUACCUGUAUAUCUACCAAAAAAGCGCACCAAGCCGUCUCCAUGA